AUUGAGGGGGUAGUAGAGAGCAAAGAAGACAGUAAAACAAAACCUUUCAAUUUUCUUAAAUUAGCAAUCUAAUGUGUUCUAUAGAAGAGCUCCACUCAGAUCUCAUCUUGGGUUGCAUUUCAUCACAAUAUAAAACGGGCAAAUCCAUCAUUUUCCUCUGCUCAGUGCUCUUGAAUUGAGAUUGAAAGGAAAAUUAGAAGCUGUUCAUUUGGGCUCGCGGGCUCAGCAUUGCACAGAAGCUUCAUUUUAUACCCUGUGAUGUGUUGAAAGGGGUCAACAAGUGCUGCCCCCCUUUUGACAGACAUCCAAGUGACUGUUUUCUUUGGAUACAAUACUGAGGACAUCAAGGAUGGAUUAUCCCAAAAUGGAUUAUUUUCUGGAUGUGGAGUCUGCUCACAGACUCUUGGAUGUUGAGUCAGCUCAAAGAUUCUUCUAUAGUCAAGGAGCUCAAGCUCGCCGGGCGACCCUGCUCCUGCCUCCCACAUUAAUGGCGGCAUCUUCGGAGGAUGAUAUAGACCGGCGGCCCAUCAGAAGAGUCCGCUCCAAGAGCGACACGCCAUACCUCGCGGAGGCCAGAAUCUCCUUUAACCUAGGGGCAGGUAAGGACGACCCUCUCGCCUAG